AUGGCAGAAAAGUGCGUCCACCAGGGCUGCGGCAAGCUCUACACCGAUUCAGAGGAGCCAUGCGUCUACCACCCCGGCCCUCCCAUCUUCCAUGAAGGCCAGAAAGGCUGGAAAUGCUGCAAGCCCCGCGUACUCACCUUCGAGGAGUUCAUGACAAUCCCCCCCUGCACAACUGGCAAACACUCCACCGCCGACUUGCCUCCUAAGAUCGAGCAGAAGAAGCCUGAUCCUGCCGAGGCUGCCCUCCUCGAGAAGCUCACAUCAGCUCCGGCCCCGGCGCGCAAGCCCCUCUCUCAGACUCAGGCUCAGGCCGCGCCCUCCCCUCCCCCGCCACCCCCGGAGUCCGAGUCCGAUGAUUCCUCCCUCGAGAUUCCCGACGGUGCCACUUGUCGCCGUAAAGCCUGCUCGGCCACUUACCGCAAGGGGUCGUCUCGUGACGGCGAGACCUGUGUUCACCACCCCGGAGUCCCAAUCUUCCAUGAGGGCUCCAAGGGUUACAGCUGCUGCAAGCGUCGUGUUUUGGAGUUCGACCAAUUCAUGAAGAUCGAGGGCUGCAAGACCAAGAACCGUCACCUGUUCAUUGGCAGCGGCAAGAAGAAGGGCAGUUCUGGCGGUAGCGGCGGGGAAGAGAAGCUCGACACAGUCCGUAGCGACUUCUAUCAGACCCCUUCUACUGUUAUCGCCUCUUUCUUUCUGAAGAAGAUUGUCAAGGACUCGGCCAAGAUCGAAUUCAAAUCGCAGUCUAUCGCUCUCGACCUGCCUACCUCUGACUCACCGCCUAAGCGCUACACCGCCGAAGUGCCUCUGUUCGCGCCCAUCGAUACGGAGAAGUCUACCUUCAAGGUCCUUGGCACUAAGCUCGAGGUGAAUCUCGCCAAGGCUGGCGGCGAGUCGUGGCCAGUCCUGCGCAGUGACGACCGUCUCACCGGCGAGAUAUUACAGAUUGGGAAGGCGGGGCGUUUGCAAUAG